CCAAACGGCGGAGCUGCAGCUUUCCCGGCGACCUCUGUGCUCUGGAUUAGGAAGCUUUAUUCGUUAUGCAGUCAAGUAAGGAUUUCUGCCCUAAAGAUUUACUUAAAGAACGCGUGUCUUAUGUCACGAUAGAAUAGUGAUGUCAUCGCAAGAUUGUUGAUAUUACGGUAACGGUGCACAGUGCCGUCACUUCAGAGCCUGAUGUCCUCUGUAAUCACACGUGGGGGCUCCAGGCUGAGCCACUUCCUGUGUAGGCGGAGCCUGUCUAGUGAUUGGCUCACCCCUAAAUCGGUACGCCCCGCGCCAUUCACUCAUUGGUUAUUCCCCUGCGCGUUCGCGAUCUCUGGAGCAACGCCGGCUUCCGGCUCCGGAAUGGAAGGGAAGAGACCGCAGUUUGGGAACCGGCAUCUUAACGACCCGAGCCGGGUGUUCCAGCACAAUGCCUGGGACAAUGUGCAGUGGUCUGAGGAGCAGGAAUGGACGGCUCGCACCAGAGUCCAAGAGAACAGUUCCCAGCUGGUGCCCCCGGAGAAGCAAGAGGAGUACGAGAACCAGGCCAGCAGCUUCUGGGACGGUUUCUACACCGUUCACGAAAACAAAUUCUUCAAAGACAGACACUGGCUCUUCACGGAGUUUCCUGAACUGUCCUCUCGGCGCGGGAUCCACAAUGGAGCGGCGGUGGAGGAGGGCAGCGGCGCGGACACCUCGCGAGGAGCUCCGGACCGGGAGAGCUUCAGCGGGGGGAACGUGAAAGGAGGCGCCGAGGACGGCUUCCCGGGAGCUUCCGCCACGUAUCGCAUUCUGGAGGUUGGCUGCGGCGUUGGAAACACGGUGUUCCCGAUCUUACAGAACAACACCGAUCCUGGCCUCUUCGUGUACUGCUGCGAUUUUUCCAGUACGGCGGUGGAACUUGUGAAGAGUAACGCGCAGUACGACCCGGCUCGCUGCCUCGCCUUCGUCCACGACCUCUCGGACGAGCACGCUGCCUUCCCCGUCCCGGAGGAGAGCUUGGACGUCAUCGUCCUGAUCUUCGUCCUUUCCGCCAUCCUCCCAAACAAGAUGCAGAACGCUAUAAACCGCCUGAGCAGACUGCUAAAGCCGGGAGGCUGCGUGCUUCUGCGGGACUACGGCCGCUAUGACGUGGCUCAGCUCCGCUUCAAGAAAGGUCGAUGUCUUUCUGAAAACUUUUAUGUGAGAGGAGAUGGAACGAGAGUCUACUUCUUCACACAAGAUGAGCUCGGGGACAUGUUCACCAACGCCGGCUUACACAAGAUGCAGAACAUCGUGGAUCGGCGGCUGCAGGUGAACCGGGGAAAGCAGCUGACGAUGUACCGCGUGUGGAUCCAGUGCAAAUACCGCAAACCGCAUCACGCAGAGAUAAACGGCGCGGCGACCCCGUGACCAGAAACCAGGCAUGGGCGGGGGGGUCCGUGUAAUCCAGCCGACACGUCCCGGGAUUUUAUACAAACUUUUUCACGGUGCGUCCUUUCAACGCAACCCCCGAACUGCGAGGGUUAAACCCUAUUUUACGGGAUUUUAAUGGAAAUAUUUCUAACAGACUUUAUUAGAGACACCGAAUGUGGACGCUUCCUGCGCCGGUUUACGUGGAAUAUGUUUUAACUGCUCUUCCUGGAGCAUGACAUCAUGCAUUACAUCAUACAUUACAUGACAUCAUAUGUAUGCAAUGUUUUUUUCUAUUGAAAUAAAGUGUU